CUAUCACACGUGUUUGAGAACGUGAAGUGCUGUUAAAAUAAAAUAUCUCCACAUUUUCUGAAUAAAAAUCCUAAAAAAAUGGGCAAAAUCAAGACUGAACCUUUGGAUGAUACCACCAGCGAAGUUUUAAAUGUAACCAAUGUCAGUGUAAAGGAGGAGGAUACCUACGAUGAUAAGCUGAAAUAUGUGAAUGCCAUUUCACAGCCAAUGGCCUCCAAGAAGAUUGCCAAGAAGUGCUACAAACUCAUCAAGAAGGCCAUGAAACAUAAGACAUAUUUGAGGAAUGGUCUGAAGGAUGUACAGACACGUUUGCGUAAAGGUGAAACUGGAUUGGUCAUCUUUGCCGGAGAUGUGACACCCAUCGAUAUCAUGUGCCACUUGCCAGCAGUGUGUGAAGAAAAAGGCAUCCCAUAUGUAUAUACUCCUAGCCGUGCUGAUUUGGGUGCCGCCAUGGGUGUUAGACGGGGUACAGUUGCCCUAUUGGUGCGAGAAAAUGAAGACUACAAAGAUUUGUAUGAUGAAGUUAAGCAAGAUAUUUCCACAUUAUAUGUUCCAUUGUAGGCUGAACAUAGCACAAAAUCCAAAAUAGUUUCUUUAGUUUGUUAAGCAAUAUGUUAAGAGAUUUUUAUAAGAAAUAUAUAAAAAAUCAAGUUUUAGAAAUAUAAC